UCAAACAUCUGCUACCAAGUGCCAUGGGAGAGUCAUCCAAGUGGUACAAGGAUGCCAAGCCCUUCCUCAACACACCUGCUGUCAUUUUCCAAUUGUUUAUUGGGCUGGACAAAAAGGGGAAAGAGCUGGAUGAUUUGCCUUGGCAUCUGGUCAGAGCUUUUUCCAGCAACAGGGAUGUUGGGAAGGUAUAUAAGGAGUAUUUGUCUCUUUCUCUGGAAGAAGCAUUGGACACAGAUAUCCAGCUUUAUGGCUAUACAUCUCCAUCAAUAAAAGACCCAACCUAUGAGGAGAGACAUCCAGGAAAGGCAACUUUGGAAGCUUUUGCCCUUGCCAACAAUGAUUGGUUCAAGUCAUGGCAGCACUUGCCUGUGAAGAAGAGAGGAGAUGAUUAUGAUGGAUUGAAGAAAGCAUUUGGUCAGAAGAUCCUGGAAAAGAUUCUGGAUAUUUAUCCUCAUCUCAAGGACCAUGUGGACUGUCUAGUUUAUGGCACCAGUGCUGCUGCAAACUUCUACUUGAACAGAAAUGCAGGUGGUGGUGCCAAAUUGGAGAAUACCAGAGCCAGGAUGUGCCUGGAAGCAUCUGCCAAAAUGAGAGCAGAUUCAGGAAUUCCAGGCCUGUAUUUGACAGGAGAAGACAUCCUAGUCAAUUCAGUGGUUUUCAGCUCCAUCUCUGGGGCACUUACUGCAUCUGAAAUCCUUGGGAGGAAUGUAGUGAUUGAAGCAUUUGCUUUAAAAUCCUUGAAAAUUUUGAAGCGCCAUUUCUUUGGAUCUGGAAAAUAAGAGCCACAUAAAUCACUGUAUUCCUUUUUUCUGCUGGAAAAAUACACAUGGUCUUGGAAUAAAAUGCAUUUUUUUCUACCAAAAGCUCCAAAAAAAGGCCAGCAGAUAUGAAUUAUUCAUUCAUUGAAUCAGAUAUUUUGCGACAUGCACUCACAUAGCACACAUACAUUUUCCAAUAGAUGGCGUCAAUUCAACUGUACAGUAGUGUACCAAAAGACAUGUACUGUACUAAUAAAUGCCACCUGCAUUUAAUAAGGUUCA